CACAAUCCCAAAAACAUAUAAAAAAAACUAGAGGGAAGAGAGAGAAGAAGAAGAAGAUAAUAAUUUGGUAGUCGAUUCCAACUUCCAAACCCCAAUUUACAACCGAAAAGAGAGGGAAUAAAGAAUUCUUCACGAAAAAAUUCAGCUCCAUUUUUUCGUUUCAUCUCUUCCUCCUCUGAUCUUACAGGCCCAUGGAUCCCUUUGAGUUGAUUCGCAAAGCUUGUCUGAUCAAUGAGCAUGAUCAAAUUGAUCCAUUUUGAGGGUUUGGGUGAGGCUGAUUGGACAUUGCUGCAACUUUAGUUAGAGUCUAUGUAGUUAUUUUGUUGACAUCCUAGUUGAUAAUGAACUUGUCCAAGAAAGUAUCCCAAACGGAUGCAAAGCUAAGCAGCCCAAGCAAGGCAACCACUUUGAAUCCAAAUGCAGCAGAGUUUAUUCCUUUUUCUCUCAGAACACCAUUUUCUGGAACCACCAGCUCGGUUGAUGCAACAGCAAGGCUGGCCAAUGCUGGAGCUCUUGGAAAAGCCGUUUUAGAUAGAUCAGAAUCAUCCAUUUCAAACAAUUCAGAAGAUGAGGUUCACCAAUACUGGCGAUGUCAGCUCCCUGAUGAUAUAACCCCUGAUUUCAAGGUUGUGGGAGAAGAGUCCCAAGGUCUUAAUGACCUCUCUUUAGCAGGCUUAUCCAUACAUGAUGACAUUGAAGGCUUGAUGUUUCAUUCUUCUAAAGGAAGUAGAUAUAUAUUCAAUGAGCAGGAAGAAUUAUCUCAGCAGCACAUUAAUGGCAAUAACUUUACUGAUAGACUAAGGUUUUCCAAUUCUAGCUUUCGGGAGGAUCCAUCUUCAGGAAGCACUUUGAACACUUCAGCGAAUCCUUGGGAUAGGCCAAUUGGGAGUGCCAACAAGCUUGUUAGCAGUGGUCAAGAGGGGCUUACUUAUGAUGACAACUCAGGACAUGGAUUCUUAAAUGACAUCUUUGCUGAGAAUGCAAUCGUGGAUGAUACUAAUUUGAACCCUUUGGAGUUUUUAGCUUCUCUGUUCCCUGGUUUUGCUGCAGAAAGCCUUGCAGAGGUUUACUUUGCCAAUGGAUGUGAUUUGCAUAUGACCAUUGAGAUGCUCACACAGUUAGAGCUCCAAGUUGAUGGUAGUUUCAUUCAGAAUCUGAAUUCAAAGACGCUGUCAGCUCCCAAUCUUAGUGCAAUGGACUUCCCUGCACUUACAUCACCGGAUGGUCAUACUGCUUCUGUCAGAUUUUCUGUAGAUAAUGUCCAACAAAGUGGCAACCCUUACCGAUCAUCUGACAAAGACAUUCUGUCUUUCAAAACUACCUCUUCAAUUCCGUCUAGAGGUGCUAUUGACUUUGCUUCAGCUGUGAGGAAGCUGGCUUCUCAGGACUCUGGUAUUUGGAAGUAUGAUAAAAGUGGUUCUGGUGAUGCUGCCAUUGGCUCAAGCAGGACAUCUCAUGUUUUGGCUGGCUAUGAUGGUGGACAAGGGAGGGCCAGCUUCAGUGACAGGUUACAGAAUCGUGGCUUAGCUCGGGGGUUAGCACCUGUUUGGCUUGAAACUGGUGACACAGUUGCAAAUAUGUACUCAGAACUGAGGGAGGAGGCCCGUGAUCAUGCACGCUUACGUAAUGCAUACUUUGAGCAGUCCCUACCAAAAGCAUUUGUACUUAAGUUAGUUUAUGUGUGACGUUAGAGUUGUGCUAAAGGGCAAGUGCACAACAUGCAUAUGAAAGCAGCUCAUGGAAAAGCACAAGAGUCUAUAUAUCGCCAGAGGAAUCCAGUUGCUCCGGAGAUGCAGGGCAAUGGAAGAGGGCAUGAGAGGAUGAUAGACUUACAUGGGUUGCAUGUGAGUGAAGCGAUUCAUGUGUUGAAAUACGAACUGAGUGUGCUGAAAAACACGGCCAGAGCCGCCGAUCAGCGCCUGCAGGUCUACAUUUGUGUGGGGACAGGUCAUCAUACGAGGGGUUCCCGUACUCCUGCAAGACUUCCGAUAGCUGUACAGCGUUUUUUACUCGAAGAAGGACUUGAUUUCACAGAACCUCAGCCAGGCCUACUUCGUGUUGUGAUAUAUUGAGUGACGGAUGUUUUCGAGUUUUUGACACGGUAAAAGUUGGUGACAUUGAACACAAUAGAAAUUGUAGUCAUUCUUGUAUGUUGUAUAUGGGAAGCAGAGGCCUUAUCCAAGCCUUGAAGAUAAGGAGGAAAACAAAAAUUGAAAAAAAAUGGAGAAAAUGAAAAAAGAGAAAGAGAAAGAGAAAGAGAAAGAGAGGUUGGAGAAAAAGGAAAGAGAGGGGUUGUAGCAAAAUUGUAUCAUUAAGGUUUAGCUGCAGAUUCAGAUUACAUUGGCAGGACUUCACAUUAGCCCUUGUUAUGGGAUCAUCUUUUUUCUGUUAAUCUUGUACUCUAAUUUUUAUAUUUCUUUGUCAAAUUUUUUUUUCUCCUCUUUUGAUUCAUAUACUUAGAACUCAGUUAGUCAGUUGCCACAUAGAUGAUAGAAUAUCUGACUUUGUAAGCAAAUUCAGUGCCAAACAAAUCUGCAUCCUGAGACACUUUCAGAAUCAAGACAAUAUGUUCCGGAGGACAAAAUUAUUAC